UCUUAUCGGUAAUGUUGAGGAUACUCACCACUAAAUGAUCCCAACCGAACUUAUAUUAUAUCAUAUCUUUGUGGCUGAGACUUGGUGAAAAGAAAAGAAAAUGACCAAGUCAACGAGACAGUUCUUGACUAGGAAAAAAAAUUAGAAAGCUUUCUAUGUUAAUUGAGGAUUAAAAAAAAAGCAAAGCCAUAUUCGUACCCUUGCCCCCUUAACAACGGCCUUGUAGGAUAAUUUGGCUGGUCCUAAUCCUGAGUUAACACCAAGCCUCUAAUAAUACCUCUUAAUCCCAUCCCAACCAAAAAUAAGGAAACUUCGUCCCAUCUCCAUUUCUGGAUCACUAUUUUCUGCCUUUGUCACCAUCUUUCUCUUCCUCUUCAUUAUGCAAUAGUCCUAACUCUUACAAGAAACUUUUACGUACACUAGUUCUAAUAACCAAACACAAAUAACUUUUUUACUGAGACAAAAAUCUUCUUCUUCUUUUUUUUUUUAAUAGUUUCUUUGUCCACUGCCGUGAUUGAUUUCACGUGAGAAGAGAAACCCAAUUCACAGAAGAAGAAGAAGAAGAAGAAGAAGAAGAAGAAGAAGAUAAUCAAAAUGAACGAUUUAUUCUCGAGCUCAUUCAAAAGAUAUACGGACCUGAAACAGCAGUCGUACCUUGACGACAUGGAAGCCGGGAAAGAGAGCGCGAAUCUCGACAAAUUCUUCGAAGACGUGGAGAAUGUCAAGGAAGACAUGAAAUCGGUCGAGAAGCUUUACAGAAAACUACAGGACGCUAACGAGGAAGGUAAGAUAGUCCACAACGCCAAAACCAUGAAGGAGCUUCGGUCGAGGAUGGACACAGACGUGGAGCAGGUGCUACGACGAGUCAAACUCAUAAAGGGAAAGCUCGAAGCUUUGGAACGUUCCAACGCAGCCAACCGAAAUCUGCCCGGGUCCGGACCCGGGUCUUCGGCUGACCGGACUCGGACCUCGGUGGUGAGCGGGCUGGGGAAGAAGCUCAAGACCAUGAUGGACCAUUUUCAGGGGUUGAGGAACCGAAUGCAGUCGGAGUAUAAGGAGACAGUGGAGCGAAGGUACUUCACCAUAACAGGGGAGAGAGCGAGUGAGGAGACGAUAGAGAAUCUGAUAUCGAGUGGAGAGAGCGAGAGUUUUUUGCAGAAGGCGAUUCAGGAACAGGGUAGGGGUCAGAUUUUGGACACCAUUUCAGAGAUUCAAGAACGACACGACGCGGUUAAGGAGAUUGAGAAGAACCUGAUUGAGCUUCAUCAGAUUUUCUUGGACAUGGCGGCUCUGGUGGAGUCGCAGGGUCACCAGCUGAAUGACAUCGAGAGCCACGUGGCGCACGCUAGCUCGUUUGUGAGGCGUGGGACUGGUAACCUCCAAGAGGCGAGGGAGUACCAGAAGAGCUCCAGAAAGUGGACGUGCAUGGCCGUUGGCCUUGGUGCGGUUCUCGUCUUUCUUCUCUUGUUCCCACUUUUCACAUCAAUCUUUCCUCAUUUGAUCUAAAAAGAAAA